CAACUCGGCAGCCAUCUUUGUACUCCCAGUAUGUCCGGGCUGAUUGGUGGAAUUCGAAGAGUCCGGAAGUACGUGUGUGUACCGGGCUAGGCGGGAAAAACAAAAAUGGCGUGUUGAAGCCGAAAGGGAAGUGGUUUUACGAGUCAGCAGAGUGCGGGGAUCUGGUGUACUUUAUUGUACCGGGAGGCGGCGGCGCUAAGUUGCAGUAGACAUGCUGGACGAUGUGGAGUCCCGGUACACCCACCUGCUGCAGCCCAUCAGGGACAUGACCAAGAACUGGGAGGUGGACGUAGCCGCUCAGCUGGGCGAGUACUUGGAGGAGUUGGAUCAGAUCUGCAUAUCUUUUGAUGGCGGGAAAACCACCAUGAACUUUGCAGAAGCCGCUCUCCUCAUCCAGGGAUCAGCGUGUAUUUACAGUAAAAAGGUGGAAUAUCUUUACACUCUGGUAUAUCAAGCCCUGGACUUUAUAUCCAACAAGAAGCGAGACCAGCAGCCACCCUCUGUUGGAGAAGAUGGGGUGGAUAAAGAUGCCAACUUUCCAAACAACAAUGAUGAGGAAGAGUUUCUUAGCCUCGACGAUAUAAGUGACCCCAAGAAAACUAACGUGGAUUUGAAAAAAGACCAAAAUCCAAAUCUGGUGAAUAUUGUUCCCCUUACACCAAUGGCGCUUGUUCCUCCUGAGGAAGUGGAAAAGAAAAACAACCCAUUAUGCAGCCGAAAAGGUGAAAUCUUGGCCAGCAGAAAGGAUUUUCGCAUGAAUACCUGUACCCCUCAUGCAUGUGGAGCCUUCAUGUUAGAACUAGCCUUGAUGUCCCCAACACAAUUUAUGCAAAAUAUCCAGCGAAUAGAGGAUGCCAGUUUUCAACCAGGUGUGCAGAAUGUGGAAAAUAAGAAUGAAAAUAUGGAAGCUGAAUGUAAUGCACCUGUGCCAGUUUUGAAUUUCUCAGAUGAUAAUGGGAAUGAUGAUGGAUUUGUUCCACUGGACGAACACCAUGAAGAAGAUAAUGUAGAAAUGGAACCUAUUGAACACAUUGAGCGACAGCAGAUCCAGACAGAGGACCGAGGAUAUAUGCUCCGACAGAGGGAAAUGAAGGAAAUACCAGUUUCGACUGUCAAGAAUAAUCUUUUGGACCCCUGGCGCAGUCUAGACCCUUUUGAAUCUUCUGAGGAAAAGCCAUUUAAAAAAGGCAAGCACUACACAGUUCCUCGAGGAGUAGUAGAUGAUCUAUCCAAUAACAAGCGAAAAAGGAGAUUAACCUGCAAGCUCCAAGACUUUAUGAAAUGGUUCACCUCUUCAUCUUGGGAUGGUGCGGAAGAGGUAAAGUCUAGAAGGAAAGGUCCAACAUUUGCAGACAUGGAAGUAUUGUAUUGGAAACAUGCCAAAGAACGUCUUGCUGCACAAAGGCAGCUCCAGAAAAGAAUGGGACCACAGUUUGCAAAGGUGGCAGAAUUGCUUGCUGAAGAUGACCCGGUCAACCAUGUGGAUGAAAUCCGCGAUGCAGACUAUCUGGAUAAUGACGAUGGUGCAGAUCUCUCAGACCAUGAAGAUUUAGAUCUUAAUGUUCCAGCUUGUCUGCGUGAAGAGCCUGCUUGUGCGGAUGUUGAUCCAAUGGACCUUCAGGACCAACUGACGUAUGAGGAGCUUGUAAGAAGAAAUGUGGAGUUAUUUAUUGCUAAUUCUCAGAAGUAUGCACAAGAAACAGUACUCUCCUUGCGUGUGCGAGAAUGGGAGGAUAAAAUGGGACCACAACUUCAAGAACAGGAAGAGCGAGGAGCAUUCGAUAUUCAUGAUUAUGGAGAUCGCCUGGUGUCCCAGUUCAAUAAGGUGGGAGAGUGGAGAUCCUUUGCAAGUCUAAUGGCGCACAAACAACCCUAUGAAGUUUGCAGAUACAUGUUGGCAUCUCUACAGCUGGCCAAUGAUUACACAGUAGAGGUGUCCCAGAAGCCAGGACUCUCUGAAGGACUGGAUACAAUGUCCCUACGUCUUCUCAGUCAACAGAAGGCACAUGAGCGAUUUAAGACUUACACAGCUCCAUCUGUUGCUGAGCACUGACAAUAAGGAUAAGAAAGUUCAUUACACAAUUGAGUCUAUCAUUUUUAGUAUGUUAUAUAUAAACAAAACUGUUACAAACUGCAUUGGUGACAAAUAAUGGAUGCGUUAUUCAGCUGGUAUCAUUUGAAUGGCAGUUAAGAAAAAGACAAGUCACAGAACACACUGCCGAAUGGUGAACGGAUGUGUUGAACUCAACAACAGUAUAUUUGCAUAUUGAAGACAAGUAACUUAAUGGACUUCCAGUAACGGAGUGCUGUAAUUUGGUGUAGUGCUGUGUGCAUUUAACCAAAGACAAAGGGUUUUUAUUAAAUGUAUAAUCUGUACAUACUUUUAAACCUCUAUUUUGUACAGUCUGCUGAUCUAGGAUCUGUUUUUAAAUGUAUGUUUGUAUAAAAUGAAUCUAU